GGGUCGGCAGGUAGCUUGCUGAUCGACAAACCCUUCUCUCCCACACCUUGCCAUGCGUGCAUGCUACCGAAACUAAGCCACCAAGCCUACCAGCCUAUCUCGAUUGCUAUGCGGCAUUCAGUCUAGACCGGCUUUUUGGUCGCGGCGAUCAAUCAUGUUUGUCGCUGCGAUAACGUGUAUCGUAUCCCUCCAACAUGAUUCUGCACCACACCACCACAAGAAAAUCCUUGGCAUUAAUCCAAGCAACCAUCCUUCAUGCAGGCAGGCUCGCCUUAGCUUGCUGUUGGCCUUCUCGUGUCGUCACCAUCGUCCAGCCCAUGCAGAAUGCAUCAAGGGUCUCUGUGAGACGAGAUAUGCCUUUUUUUGUUUUUGCACACCGUUGUUUGGAUCUGGUGAUGGAUUUUCUGAUAAGAGAAGGAAGGUGUAGAGGGUUUUUACUUACCCUUUGACGGGUAAUGGUGGCCGUGCCCUCCCCUCCUUUGCACUCACUCGAAUCUGGAUAAUAAUACGUUGUCCGACGUGCCACUUCCCUCCGGCAGUUCUGGAUAACAUACCAUCAUCGUACCUUCUGUGAGACAUGACUUGCAUGUAGGGUUGUGCCGCCUACGUCGUCAUCUCUACCUCACCUUUGACAGGCCUUCUGGUUCGCCUUUUUGUUAACAAAAAAAAAAAAAAAAAAAAAAAACCAUACUCUAUUGUUUUUCAAAGCAUAUACCACGCAUAUGACCACUGUCAAACGGCAAAUUUUCUUCCCAUCGAGACACAUAUCGUGACAAGUUGACUAGAACUAGUCCAUCACAAAGAACGUUCUUCCCAAUCCAUAUAACAGAGAGAAACCGGUGAUAACCACCUGGGAACUUGCCACAAUGUCCAGGACAAGAAACGACAGUUUGAACCCUGAAAACGAACAGGAUGACCGUAGGACCUCGAUUCUCUCCAUGUUCUCCUUCCGAGAGCGACAUGGAUCCAUCUUGAGCGGUAUCACCGACAUCAUACCCGAGAAUCUACCUCUUCCAUCCUCAUUUGUACCUACUGCACCCAUCGUCCAGGAAAUUCUCAGUAGGGACAUAGCAGAGUGCUCCGAUGAAGAUCACGACAAUGAAGACGGAGAUGAUAACCAUGUUCACGAGCAUCGCAGCGGAAGCAUCAGCCAUAGCCAAACCCCACCCCUUGAUAUCGGUGCCGGCCCAAGCCACCAUCAUCAUACCCAGACCACAUCCCAAGAUGCCAAGCUCGCUUUCCACCCCAACGGCGUUGCCUAUGGCCUUUCGGGCUUCUCUGCCGUCUCGAUCCAAGGCGUUGAUCGUCCUGUCCCGAACCCACAGGAGCUACAACAGUCGCUGGCCGCUGAGGUCGAUCUCCUCCGAGACAACGACCUGAUCCCCUCGCACUCUUCAGAGCAGCGGCGUCGAAGCAGCGCCACCUUCUCCGGGCGCGUGUACCGCCGCUUCCUGAGCACUCGUGUCCGCGAUCACGACCGGCCUGUCGAUAUAUUCUCCAGCGACGUGUUCCGAUCAUCCAGCCAGUCGGUGCUACCGGACGAGCGGGCACCUCUGCUCCCGGGGCGGCGCCGACCCAGCACGGACACGGAGGAGACGCUGGGCGAGAGCGACGGCGACUCGGAGGCGGUCAGCGACAGCGAGGACGAGUCGGUGCCGACGCCGCCGGCGGACGAGGUGCACCAAAAGUGGGAUUCUGCGGUGGCGGCGCAGGUGCUCCGCACGACGUGGCAGCGCGAGGCCAAGACGCUGGUGCAGUACUCGGCACCGCUGAUUGUCACGUUCCUCCUCCACUACUCGGUGACGGUGGCGAGCGUGCUGACGGUCGGGCGGCUGGGCAUGGUGGAGCUGGCGGCGGUCAACCUGGCGACCAUGACGGCGUCCAUCACGUGCUACGUGCCGGUCCAGGGGCUGGCCACGUGUCUGGACACGCUCUGCGCGCAGGCGUACGGGUCGGGCCACAAGCAUCUCGUCGGCCUCCAGGCGCAGCGCAUGACGUGGUUCCUGUGGAUCCUCAUGGUGCCCAUCGCGGUCCUGUGGUGGUUCUCUGGCCCCAUCAUUGAGAAGCUGGUCCCGGGGGAGGAGACGGCCGGCCUGUCGUCGCUGUACCUGAGGGUGCUCAUCCUGGGCAUGCCGGGGGUUGCGGCGCUCGAGUCGGGCAAGAGGUUCGUUCAGGCCCAGGGUCUGUUCCACGCCACCACCUACGUGCUGCUCAUCACGGCGCCGCUGAGCUUCUUCCUGAACUGGCUGUUUGUCUUUAGGUUUGGCUGGGGUUUUGCUGGAUCUGCCAGUGCCAUGGCCAUUGUUCAGAACCUAAUCCCGAUUCUGCUGGUGCUUUAUGUUGUCUUUUUCGAGGGGAGAGAGUGCUGGAGUGGGUUCUCCUGGAAGGCUUUCAGGAACUGGGGCCCCAUGAUCAAGCUGGCACUUCCCGGCAUGAUCAUGAUCGAAGCCCAGUUCUCCGUCCUCGAGAUUCUUACCAUCGCCGCUGGUCAACUUGGAACCGCUCAUCUCGCUGCCCAGAGUGUCUUGGUAACUGUUACUUCGACAUCGUUUAACAUUCCUUUCCCAUUGGCCAUUGCAACAUCUACACGGGUUGCAAACCUCAUUGGAGCGAACCUUGGCGAUGCUGCCAGGACAACUACAAAAGUGGCUAUUUUUGCUGCACUCGCAGUCGGCGUCUUCAACAUGAUCAUGCUCAUCUCUCUCCGCCGAGUCUUGCCCGCCGUAUUCACAGACGACGAGAGAGUGAUCGACAUUGCCUCCAAAACCAUGAUCGUCUGCGGGAUCAUGCAAAUCUUUGACGCCCUGGCUGCUGUGUCCCACGGAAUUCUCAGGGGCGUAGGUCGACAGGCCGUUGGAGGCUAUGCGAACUUGUUUUCGUACUACUUUGUCGCCCUCCCGGUGUCCCUCUCUACUGCGUUUGCAUUGGGCUGGAAACUCAGUGGUUUGUGGGCUGGCUUGGUUUCUGGGCUUGCAGUUGUGUCUGCCCUCGAGUUGUUAUACCUGUACAACUCGGACUGGGAGAGUGCCAUCGCGCAGGCCGCAGCCAGGAUGCGCUCCGAGGAGGUGGAGAUUGUUGAGCCCAAGGCUGUAGGUGCUUUGGGGCCAAAAUAGUAACUAAUGGUAUUUUGGGUUGCUUGCAUAAUGAUAGCCGAGCGGUGGAUUUUUUUUCUUCUUCUUUUUUGGAUUUCAUUAGCAUGCAUUUGUCUUUUAACAGUCUUGAUAUUUUUAGCGGUCCUUUUGUGAUUUAUUUUCUCUUUUUGUUUUGUCUUUGUUUGUUCCCCCCUCGAUGUUUGCAUGGCCAAAAUGGUGCAAGGGGGUUACUCUUCAUACCCCAGACCCGGAAUAAAUUGAAUCGAAAAUCAGGUUCGCUAUGAUUUUGUUUUGAUUGCAGGCAAGAUUUUUUUGAGUUGACGUGUGUUCGGGAAUAUAAUUAGGGUCAUUAGGCUUAUACAUUUGAAUGGAGUGGAAAGCCGAUUUUGCA